AUGUUACAAGAGAAUGGCUAUGAGUUCACCCACAACGACCCUUUUCUCCAGUCGUUUAGUGAGGUGAUCACUUGGUUCCAGGCCUUACGUGAUUUAGUAGACGUUGAAAUGGAGAGAGAAUUCCUCCAUCCCUCAUCCCCUGCGGUGCCCGAUGCACCACUAUGGCGUUCCACGCUGGCCAAGUCUGCCAGGUCCAUCCACACCGUUCCUGCUCACAAUGGAGAUCCUUUGGUUGCUACGUCCCAUGGCAUGGUAUCUGUUGACUAUGGCAUCCCAACCUUCACAAAGACGUCACAGGACCUUCCAUCAAUGGUCCCUGAGCGAGCAAGGCUCAUUCGCAACCCAUCUGACACCACUGCCAGCCCAUACCUCCGUGUGAGAUGCCCCCAAUGUUUUGGAGGUUUGAUAUGGGGUAGUUCAGCCAACGAAUGUCCUGAUGUCAUCGUCGCUAUGGAUGGUAAUAUGCAACAUAGGCAGUACAUGUUCGUUGGAGGAGACAUGGUCCUUCCCUGGAAUGAAACCUGUACAUUCCUCACCGAUGCCGAAAUUGAGGAAGCUGCCCUCCAUGUCUCUGAUGCAUGA